UUCCCUCCUCUCCUCUCCUCUGGUCCUUCCCUUUGAUUCAUACCUCUUUUGCUCCUCCCUCAUGGCCCGUCUCUAUUGCCUCGCUCACCUUCUGGUUCUUCACUUUUCCCUCUUCACUCCAACCCUCUCUCUCUCCCCAGCAAGCACACUCAUUUUCGCCCUCCAAACGCAAGCGACCCCGCACGGGCUGUUGCCCAGAGCUUCUCCCACGGACAAGCUCCCUUUCUACCACAACGUCACCCUCACCAUCUCGCUCGCCGUGGGCUCGCCCCCGCAGCGAGUCACCAUGGUCCUCGACACCGGGAGCGAGCUCCCUUGGCUCCACUGCAGGAGAUCGCGCGACCUCCGCUCCGUCUUCGACCCGCUCUCCUCGAGAACCUACUCGCCCGUCCCUUGCUCCUCGGUCGCUUGCCUGACCAGGACCCGGGACCUGCCCGUGCCCGGCUCCUGCGAUCCGAACAAGCUCUGCCACACCGCCAUCUCCUAUGCGGACGCGACCUCGAUAGAGGGCAACCUCGCGUCCGAUACCAUAUCCGUGGGGUCGUCCUCCCGAGCGGGGUUCCUGUUCGGGUGCAUGGACUCGGGCCAAAGCAGCAACAAGGAAGAGGAUUCCAAGACCACCGGGUUGAUGGGCAUGAACCGCGGCUCGCUGUCUUUCGUCACUCAAAUGGGCUUUCCCAAGUUCUCGUAUUGCAUCUCGGGCUUCGGUUCAACGGGGAUUUUGCUCUUCGGCGACGCGAGCUUCGCAUGGCUCAAGGCGUUGAGUUACACGCCACUGGUCCAAAUGUCCAUGCCCUUGCCGUAUUUCGACCGGGUGGCGUACACGGUCCAACUGGAGGGGAUAAAGGUUUCCGAUAAGCUCUUGCCCCUCCCGAAAUCGGUCUUCGUGCCGGAUCACACGGGGGCGGGCCAAACGAUGAUCGAUUCGGGCACCCAAUUCACCUUCCUUCUAGGGCCAGUCUACGCUGCGCUGAAGAACGAGUUCACACGGCAAACGAAGGGCGUGUUGCGGGCCUUGGAAGACCCAAAUUUCGUGUUCGAAGGCGCGAUGGACACGUGUUUUCUAAUCGGCCCGGACCGACGGGGUCUGCCCGGUUUGCCCCGAGUAAGCUUAGUAUUGCGGGGGGCGGAGAUGAGCAUCCCGGGCGAGAGGCUACUGUACCGGGUGCCCGGCUCGACGAGGGGGAUCGAUCUGGUGUAUUGCUUCACUUUUGGGAACUCCGACUUAUUGGGACUGGAGGCGUUUGUGAUUGGUCAUCAUCAUCAACAGAACAAGUGGAUGGAGUUCGAUUUGGCCAAGUCGAGAGUUGGAUUGGCCGACGUUAGGUGUGAUCUUGCCAGUCAACGGUUAGGGAUGACUUCAUAGUUUCAAUCGCAUUGCGUAACCAGCAACGUCGGGAAUGUCGAGAUUAAUAUCCAAUUAAUAUAUCAA